AUGUCGGACAAAGAGUAUAUUUUAGGAAUGGAUAUUGGUACGACAUCGGUAAAAGUUUGCGUUUACGAUCCACUUACGAAGGAACUUGUAGCUAAACAGAGUAAGGAUACGGCUGCUAAUAUCCCCAGUGAUCUAGGGAUCGAAGGCAACAAGCAGGACGUUCCGAAAAUAGUAUCCGCUGUUCAUUACUGUGUCUCACGUCUCCCAAGAGAUGUUCUGAGACAUGUUAAAAAAAUCGGUGUUUGUGGACAAAUGCAUGGAGUUGUGUUAUGGAGAAAUGGAGCUUGGGAAAAGGUGGAAAAAGAGGGUGUCUUUAUUAGAUAUGAAGGUAACAGAGAAAAUAUGUCAGCGUUAUAUACAUGGCAAGAUACCAGAUGUAAACCAGAGUUUUUGGAAACAUUACCGAAGCCCGAUUCACAUCUCCAAUGUUAUUCUGGUUAUGGCUGUGCUACUCUACUGUGGAUGCUUAAACAUAAGCCGGAAAAACUAAAGAAUUUCACAUAUUCAGCGACUGUACAAGAUUUUGUUGUGGCUAUGCUUUGUGGUCUCGAUGUCCCAAAAACAUCAGAUCAGAAUGCUGCCAGUUGGGGUUACUUCAAUACAGAAAAAAAUGAAUGGAAUAUUGAUAUACUGAAAUCUAUUGAUUUUCCUGUUAAUCUUCUGCCAAAAGUGAUAAGAAGUGGGGAAAUAGCGGGUACAUUAAGCUGUUGUUGGAAUGGAAUCCCAGAGGGUACUCCAGUGGGUGCAGCUAUGGGAGACCUUCAAUGUUCAAUACUUGCCACACUUGAGAACAGACAAGAUGCUGUUCUAAACAUAUCUACCUCAGCUCAACUCGCCUUUGUUGUUGACCAAAUUAAAGAUUUAGGUUGUACAACUAUUGAGCACUUGCCAUAUUUUAAUAAUACAUAUCUAGUUGUUGCUGCGUCGUUAAACGGGGGUAAUGUAUUGGCUACUUUUGUCAAAAUGUUACAACAAUGGAUGCUUGAAUUUGGAUUUCCGUUACCACAAUCUAAAGUAUGGGAAAAACUAAUUGCACUCGGCCUGGAUGCGUCUGAUGGAACUAAUAUGAAAAUUAGUCCACUUCUGUUAGGUGAAAGGCACUCACCAACAGCUAAAGCGGCUGUCGAAAAUAUAGAUCUUUCAAAUAUUCAACUCGGUUAUGUGUUUAAAUCUCUCUGUAACAGUAUUAUUGAUAAUAUCCAUUGUAUGAUGCCAAAGAAGAUUCUAUUGGAUGCGAAUAUAAAGAGGAUAGUCGGCAAUGGCUCUGGAUUGUCAAGAAAUGCUGUAUUACAACAAGCUGUUGAGCAUAACUACAGCUUGCCGUUAGAAUUUACUUCUGGAGGAGAUGCAGCCCGAGGGGCAGCUGUAGCUGUCCAAAAUGCUUCAUAA